AAGUCCUUAUAUUCUCCGGCUUCUUUCUCCUCUGGGUACCAGCUCCUUAACUGCCCCUGCAGGCGGUCGCACAGGUGACUAAGAAGAGGAAGAGGUACUAGGAUCUGUCUGUGCUGACAGGAAAGAAAAAGACAAGGAAACUGUCCAGAAUCACCACAGGAAACAACAUCAUGCAAAAACCCUGCAAAGAAAAUGAAAGCAAGCCCAAGUGCAGCGUGCCAAAACGAGAGGAAGAAGGUGCCUAUGGAGAAUUCGAACGCCAACAAACUGAAGGAAAUUUUAGGCAGAGGCUGCUUCAGUCUCUCGAGGAAUUUAAGGAGGAUAUAGAUUAUAGGCAUUUAAAGGAUGAAGAAAUGACUAGAGAGGGAGAUGAAAUGGAGAGAUGUUUAGAAGAGAUAAGGGGUCUGAGAAAGAAAUUCAGGGCUCUGCAUUAUAACCACAGGCAAUCUCGGGACCGUCCUUAUCCCAUUUAAUGCAUUUCUCCUUUGAAUUCAGCUAUUUCUGUUAUUAAUAUUGCCAACACUGAUUAAUUUUGUCUCCAUUUCUGUGCCAAAAAUAUGUCAUCAUAUUCCAUCAAGCCUUCCAUGCUCUUUUGAUUUAAAUUUGACUCUUGUUAACAUUGGUCAUUUGAUUCAACCUCACUUGUUUUGUAAUCAUAGAUCUAUGUGGGAAGAUGCUCAUUGUACAUUUUAAAUAAUCACAAGUUAAAAAUCACAUAUAUGUAUAUAUACAAACCUUAUAUGCACAUUACAAAGGGAAUAUCUAGGUUACUGUACACAGUUAACAGUGAAUCUGUGUGAUCUAUAUUUUGUUUCUUUUCUUUUUUCCUCUGCCUCUUCUCAUUUCCCAAAAGUAAAUAUAUAUGUAUGUGGGGGUCAUUACUUUUGUCACCAAAAAAUAAUCAAGUAAACAGACAUAAAUGUAUCUAUCACAUUAGAAUGCCAGUGAAAUGCUUAAUAUAAAAAUCUUAAUAACAGAAAUGUAAACUUCACAUUACCUCUGGACCUCUUAGCCAGAGGAAUAAAGCUGGAAAUUAUUACAGACAA